UUUAUUUCACUGAAGAAGAAAACUAAAGUUUUCAGAAAAUCUUUAAAGUAAAUUAUUUAUUAUUAACUGUACAAACCAGCCAAUUCAGAAUUAAGGUGUUUGUCUCAGAAAUACUUUAUAAAUUAAGUGAUAUUCAGAUGCUUUAUUAAUCUAUUCUGAAAAUAGGCAUUUUAAUAAACGAAUUUCUUGUAAAAUUGCAUUGAUUACUGGUGAAUAAGAAGUGUUUUAGGUAUCAUUUUUUUUUGAUACUCACAUGUUGUAUGGCUUGCUAACAGGUGUUUCCACACUUAAUCUAAGCACUUAUUUUACAUUUAACUUUAAGUUCAUAUGACGAAGACCAUAUUCUUAAAGAAUUGUAUAGGUAAAGCAAAGAAACUUUAAUGUUACAGUCAAUGCCAUCACGGUGCCAACUGGCUUCUGUUUAGUUUGGCAAAAGAGGAGUAUAGCAGAAAGUAUGAGACUGAUGUAUUUUGGAAUGAAAUGAAGGAAAAAGAACCCAAAUCUUAAAAACAGUAAGUGCUAAAGGAGACAGAAAUUCCCACCUUUUGUUCGAAAGUGGAGUAUAACUAAUGCUGUGUUAUAAUAGAAGACGGAAAUUAACACAAGUUCGUAAUAAACCAAAUAAAGUGGAAAUGAUAAAAUGGAAAGUUAGAUCUAAACUUGCCUCAGACAUUAAAGAAGAAAAAAAAAUGUAAAAGUAAAUUUAAACCUGGCAGUGGUAGGUUCUUAUUCCUGCCCCCCUCCAGGAACACUGUUUAAAAACCCCAGCGCCUCUUUGUUAGCUGGGUCCUGCAAACAGCGGAACGAAAGGCGGACGGUUUUCUGUUGCUGGGGCGGACGCGGGCCGGAUACGUCCGUCCUUGCAAGUUUCCCCCAAGGUUGGGACCUAGACGUGCGGCAAAUUCAUGUUCUCUGGCACCGUAGUGGUCGUCGCUGAAACCAACUGCGAAUUCUUCGUGCCUCAGAUUUGUUGACCUACAGAAUGCUUCGAUACCCAUAUUUUUGUAGAAUCUAUAAAGAAUUUCUUUCAUGCUGGUUGGAAUCUGGCAUAUUUAAUUUAGGUGUCUGGCCAAAAAAAAUACAUGAUACAGCACAAAGAAAUAAUGACUAUGAAGCCCAGGAACAAACAGAUCAAACUGGAACUCAGGAGAAACACAGAUCUCAAGAUAGAGAUUUCGAAGCUAUAGCUAAAUUACAUAUUCCAGUAAUGGUGGAUGAAGUUGUUCAUUGUUUGGCACCGCAAAAAGGCCAGAUUUUUCUAGAUAUGACAUUUGGUUCAGGAGGACACGCAAGAGCCAUUCUACAGAAGGAGUCAGACAUUACUCUGUAUGCCUUAGACAGAGACCCAGCAGCUUAUGCAAUAGCUGAACAGCUUUCAGAAUUAUAUCCUAAACAGAUCCGAGCUAUGCUAGGCCAGUUCAGCCAGGCAGAAGCCUUAUUAAUGAAAGCUGGAGUGCAGCCAGGAACUUUAGAUGGAGUUCUUUUGGAUCUUGGGUGUUCCUCCAUGCAACUUGAUGCUCCUGAGAGAGGUUUUUCCCUUCGGAAGGACGGGCCCUUGGACAUGAGAAUGGAUGGUGGCAGGUACCCUGACAUGCCCACCGCAGCUGAUGUUGUGAAUGCUUUAGAUCAACAGGCACUUGCAUCCAUCCUGAGAACAUACGGGGAGGAGAAGCAUGCCAAGAAAAUCGCUUCAGCAAUCGUUCAGGCACGCAGCCUCUACCCCAUCUCCAGAACCCAGCAGCUUGCCAGCAUCGUUGCAGGUGCAUUUCCUCCCUCUGCUGUUUUUGCACGGAAAGACUUGCUACAACGAUCUACCCAUAUUGCUACCAAGACUUUCCAAGCUUUUCGAAUAUUUGUGAACAAUGAGCUCAAUGAACUUUACAUAGGAUUGAAGACAGCUCAGAAGUUUCUGAGACCUGGUGGCCGCCUUGUAGCCCUCUCCUUCCAUUCAUUAGAGGAUCGCAUAGUCAAACGAUUUCUGCUUGGGAUAAGCAUGACAGAAAGGUUUAACUUAAGUGCUAGACAGAAGGUGAUACAAGCAUCACAGCUGGGGUCAGGUCAUGAAAACAAGGAAGGAGGCUUGAUAGGCAGGGCCCCUUUAACGUGGGAAUUGAUACACAAGAAAGUACUUACUCCAGAAGAUCAGGAUGUACAGGAGAACCCCAGAGCACGCUCAGCCAAGCUUAGAGCAGCUAUCAAAUUAUGAGAAAGUUUUCAUCAUUUGAUCCUUCAAGUUUUUCCUUCACAGUUUCUCUCCCUCUUUUUAAUGUGGUAUUACUGAACAACUUCAUAUAAGAAAGUAUGAGAGAUAUAUAUAGAAAGAGUUGUACUACAUGAUGUGGAAAUUAAGGGUAUUUACCAUUAUUUUCCUUGGAAAGAAAAUGUCAGAAAUGUUAGCAUGACACAGAAAGUUCAACUAAAGGAGCAUCAGCAUCUCAAAACUGGAAUUAUAUUUAACUUUCGAAAUGCAGUCCUUUCUCUAAUCAGGAAAUUUUUUUAAAAAGAGGAAGAGUAUUAUGUGUGUAUAUCUAAAUAUGUAAAUUCAAGCUGUCAAAAGAUUAUAAUUGUAUCUGCAUGCUUUAAAUUCUGAAUUUAGAUAUUCAGAUUUGCAACAGACUUUCUGUUGAUCAAAUAAUUAGUAAUGAUCAUGGAAGGAAUUUUAAUUUCUGUUUAAGAAUAAUUAUGUAGUACUAUAGUCCUCUUAAAUAUAGGAAUUAUGCAAAUUUUAAAUUUUCAGAUAUUUUUAAGAUGCAUCAUACUGUUAAAUGUCAAUUUUGAUUUUAUAGUAUUCAUUGUUUUAAAAGGAUUUUACAAUAUGAUAUAUACCAUUUUUUCACAUUGCAAUGUAAAAAUGAAGAAUUGCUUUAAUAGCUCUCAUGGUGAAUAUUUCAUGAAACGUAUAUUUAAAGUCAAUUACGUUUAUAUUAAUAAUAUCCCAGAAUGCCUUUGACACAUAAUAAAAUCUAUUAUCAUUUGAAUCCUGCAUUUUUAAUUGAGAUAUUCAAAAAUAAUUAAACCAAGUCUAUUUGAAAUAGAGAAGUAUAUGAUAUAUUAAAAAUAUUAAAAUGAAUGUGCCCCUAAUGUUUUUACUUACCCAGUAGUAACUGUAAUAGUAAAAUGUUUAUUUAAGAGAUAUUCACUUGGUAAGCGAUUCUUUAACAUAUUAAUGAGAUUGAUUCAUGAUUCAUAUAUCAACUUUUUAUAUGUAAAUAUGCAUUUCUAAUUUUUUUAGUUAUUCAACAAGUGCUAACUAGUCAGAGAAACAAAGGUCAAUACAUACCUCACAGUACCAGUCCUAUGGAGUAUAUAAUCUAGUGGAGAAGAGUAAUGGUAGUUAAAUAAUCACAAAAAUCAAUAUAAAAUUAACAUCAUGGUAAAAGCUACAAAGAAGCAGUACGAGGUACUGCAAGAACAUCGAGUAGGAAUUUAACUUACUGAAGGAAACUGGGUCUGACCUGGAUUAUGCUUGAAUUAUGACUUGAAGAAUUAAUAAUAGAUUUAAUUAGUCAAAGGGUAUAUUGCCAUGUUGAUUAAAGGUUUGUUGAUAAAGGAUUGUUUUCUUAAGUGAUUAUCCCUAAAAUCAUAUUAUACUAUUAAUAUGCUUAGUAAACUAUCCAAAUAUAGGAAAAAUUCAUCUCCUUAAUUAUGGUGACAGAUUAUGAAUUGGUGAGUACAAGUGAAUAAAAUAUCAACAUAAGUAUGGGCAAAGGAUAAGAAUUAAAUACUUGAAUUCACCUUAGAUUUACUUUAACUCUGUAAUAUUUAAUUCAAGUUCUCAAGCUUGUUUGUAACUUUAUAGGCUUUAUUCAUAUCUGAGCAAUUCUGCAGUAGAAUUAAUUUCUAAUUGUGCAGAACUAGAAAAUAUUCUAGGGAGCAGUAUCCUCAAAUUAGAAAAAAAAUAAAAUGAACGUACCUAGGUUGCUUCACUGAAUCUUUCUGGAAAAAAAAAGUUUUUCUCUAGUAUAUGAGUUAUAUUUGUGAAUGAGAAAGAGUCCCAAAGGUACAUUCCCAUCCAAGUAUCUGUUUAGAAAAUAAGAGAUCACGCUCUUAUACACUCUUAUAUUCAGCAAUGAUUUAACCUAUUUCAUCUGUCAUUUUUGGAUCCUGUAUAGUAUGGGGAUUUUUUUCUUUAAUGUUAAAUGGAAAGUAACUGCACUGCGUUGAGUAGUAUUGCCGCCCCUCCAAAAAAAAUUCCAUGUUCUUCUCAGAAGUUAUCUGGCAGUAUGAUCACUACAGUUGUAAGUAGUUCAGCUGAAGUCAUACUAGAGCAGAGCAGGUCCUUAAUCCAAUAUAUGUGGUGUCCUUAUAAGACGGGAAGAGAGGGGUUCCUGGGUGCCUCAGUUGGUUAAGCAUCUGCCUUUGGCUCAGGACAUGAUCCUGGAGCCCCAGGAUAGAGCCCCGCAUUGGGCUUCCCACUCACUGGGGAGUCUAUUUCUCCCUGACUGUCCUCCCUCUUGUGCUUUCUGUCUCUUACCUUCUCUCUCCCUUGAAUAAAUAAAUAAAAGCUUAAAGAAAGAAAAAAAAAAAAAGAAAUAGAAGAAGAAAAGAGAAACAGAGAUGCCAGGAAGAAUAGCACAUGAAAAUAAAAGCAGACAUUAGAAUGAUAUAUCAACAAGCCAGGGGACACCAUGGAUUACUGGCAGCCAUUAGAAGCUAGGAGAGAAGCAUGAAAGAGAUUCUCCUACAGUCUUACGUAGGAACCAACAACUUCGCUGAUGCAUAGAUUUCAGACCUUCCAACUCCGGAACAAUGACAGAAUAUAUCUCUAUUGUUGAAAGCCACCCAGUGUGUGGUAAUUUGUUACAGCAGCCCUGGGAACCUAAUACCAUGAUAGAAAAAAAUUUUGAUUAUGCAUGAAAAAAUCCUUUCUUCAAUAAAAACAAAAUUGUUUUAAAAUGUUGUAAUGUAAAAAUAUAGGAGUUAUUUUCUGUAAUUAGGCUGUUUACUGCAAUCAUUCUUGUCUGCUUCUUAGUCUUUGCUGUAGAAUGUAUAAUAAAAUAAUGUAUGAAUUUUAAAUGCUUAAUGCUGGAAAAUGUUUUUGUCAAUCCACACAAUACAUACAGAAAAUAAACACUUGUUAUUAAAAUGAA